GUUUUUCCAACAUGUAAGUUCAGUGUACAAGAGGAUUUUUUACUUAAUAUAUUAAGAGCUGCUGAUGCCUUCUCUGGUGGUGUCUCUGUCAUUGUCCUCCCGUCCUGUCAGCCCUCUCAUUCUAGGAACUCCAGCUUCUUUCAUGACUGCCCUCAGAAUGUCAAACUUUGAGCAAUCUGAAUCAGACUUUUAUCCAUCUAACUAUGCCACUGAUAUUCAAGAACAAGGUUAUAGUGAUUCGGGAGUCCAUGAAAAUCUUUAUGGAAGCCAAAAGUGGCAGACACAGGAGUUGCCUCAAGCUGGUGCUUUUGUUCCUCUAGAAAUGCUUUCAUCUUCUCAAAAUUACCUAGGCCAGAUUUGGCAACCAACCUACAAUCCAGGGAUUUUAUCUCACUCUGGUUAUGCUGACAAUUUUGAUGAAGAGCCUCCUUUGCUAGAAGAGCUUGGGAUUAAUUUUGAUCACAUAUGGCAGAAAACAUUGACAGUUCUAAACCCAAUAAAACCAGCGGAUGGCAGCAUUAUGAAUGAGACCGACCUGACUGGACCUAUGGUUUUCUGUUUGGCCCUUGGAGCUACACUGCUACUGGCAGGAAAAGUUCACUUUGGCUAUGUAUACGGCAUCAGUGCUAUUGGGUGCCUAGGAAUGCAUGUUUUACUGAACCUGAUGAGCAUAGCAGGAGUCUCCUAUGGUUGUGUUGCAAGUGUAUUGGGCUACUGCCUGCUACCCAUGGUGGUCCUGUCCAGUUGUGCAAUCUUCUUCUCAUUACAGGGGAUACUUGGUACCUUGUUAGCUCUGAUUAUUAUUGGAUGGUGCAGCUUGUCAGCUUCCAAAAUUUUUAUCUCUGCAUUGGCGAUGGAAGGCCAGCAGCUUCUCGUGGCUUAUCCCUGUGCUCUACUUUAUGGACUUUUUGCACUUCUGACUGUUUUCUGAAAUGUACAUUGUAGCAGCCUGACUAUAGUCUCUUUGUUUGGGUGUUCUUACUUUUAGUCCUCCUCGAUUCACACUAAACUCCAUUAAGCAAAAUAGAGGAUGAUUUACCUUUUAUUUGCUUAAUGGACGAUGGAUAAAGAAAUAAAAACAGGACAAUACAUUUAAAAAUGACAUUCUAAAAGUCUCAGAUCUUAAAAACAUUUAUCUCAGAAAUUAGUAGGACAUCUUAGGCAUGAAAUAUGCAAAAAAUGUAAUUAAAAAUGAUAUUGUGUACUUAGUGUUUCUCUGGGGAUAAUCUAUAUUGUGAAAGGGCUAAGUGAAAGGCAAUAACAAUGCAGUGUUUUGUGGGUUUAGUAACUCAAGUGAAACAUUUAAUUGUUUUAAAUAUACUCAGUUUGAUAUUUUAUAUGAUUUUUUUUAAAAAAGGUUGAUUGCUUUUUGUUUAUAAAGGGGUGGGAAACCUCAGGCCUGGGGGCCGAAAGUGUCCCCAGGCUUGACUAGAUCGGGCCCCCGAAGCUCUGGGCCCUCCCCCAGCAUUUGGGAGCUGACACCGGUACUCCAGAUGCCCUGAUGCCACACCGUGGGGCUGAAGCACACAAUAUCUAUUAGGCUGGGUCCCCCUAGGCUCCGGUGUGCAAGGGGAGUGUCUUUCUCCUUCUCAGUCAGGGGUACAUCAGUGAGGGUUUUUUUUUCCUCACUUGUGUGUAGCCCCCAACUGAUUUUUCUGUGGGUCAGUGAACCUAAAAAGGUUCCCCACCUCUGGUUUAUAAUGAAGAAUUGCCAAAGACAGACAGCAAGAGCAAGUUUUACAGUACAAAGUAAGCAAACUAGGAACGUCAUUCUAUUUUUUUAAGAAAUGUGGCUCUGCAAACCCCCAUUGUACUGUACAUUAUGUACAGUACUGCUAGAGUCUAAAAUUGCCACUAAACCACUACCUGCUGUCACUGCAGAAAAAAACACUGCACAAAGCAAAGGUAACUACUAAAUAUGUCUCCUGAAAGGCAGAACUGCAUUUGUGCAGGCAAAGUACAAAUCUCCCCCAUUUUGUGUACAGAAAAAAAAAUCAAUUUACUGUUGUUAGUAUUACAGCAACAUUUUUCUAACAGUGCUAGAGCAGAGAUUGCACAAAAUAUUUCAAAAUAUACUAUUUGGGAUAUUAGGCCAUAAGGAUGUAGUGGCAUGCUUAACAUUGUAAAAGGCGGAAUCUUGGAUUAGUGAAAGAAGUAUGUAGUCAUAAAAAGGCUCGAAACGCAACCGUGUAAAGGCAGAACUGAAUAUUAAACUAUCUGCAAAUCAUUUAA